UUUCACAAAUCGUCGUCAACAGCCCAUUGUGCAGCUCUAGUGCGACGUAAAUUAACAACAACAACAAUAUUUCCGAACAAACUAAAAUUCCGAAGUAAAAAAAAAUUGCGGAAAGUUUAUUAUUGACAAAUUUCCUUUUCAGUGCACCGAAUUUCAUCUCUGUAGAUGCAUUUCAGCAGGCGGUAGAUCGGGCAACAUAGUUUUUUUUCUUUACUUCAAGUUUAACAGUUGAUAAUUUUAUUACUAAGUAUCGAAUUUUCUUAUUCUAGUGUAUUUCGUGUACAUUUCUGUACACACCUUCGUAAUUUAUAGUCAAUCAGAACAGUCUUUGCACAGCCAAACAAAAUAAAGUGCAAGUUGAGCACUAUGAAACUAAGGAAGAGGUGUGCAGCCCGUCGAAAGACGAACUAACAAUUUAUACCUAUAUUUAAUGAAGAGCGUUAUCUUAAGUUGUGAAUGCUUUGUGACAUAAUUAAAUGAUAGUGAUUCGAAAGUUAUGAAACUGUUCAUAUCAGUGAUAACAAUAGUUCAUCCUUGAGUGAGAUUUAUUUACUUUCAUCACAUUGAUAAACGGAAGUUUUUGAAUGAAUCAGUUAGUCAUAAAGUCUAAUUCUGACAAGCUUCAAAUGAUUUGUGAUGUACAUGAUUGUUGGAAAUUGAACAUUAAAAAUAGUUUGUUCCAAUUUAUAAAUUUUCAAUUGUGCUUUAGUUAAAGGUACUUCACAGAACAAAUAUGCCGAUGAAAUAUCAAUUAGGAGCUGUUGAUCUUUCAGUGAUCGCGAUCUCGCUGCUAAUUUCACUUGCAAUUGGAAUAUAUGUUCAGGUAACUGGAAAACAAAAGAGAACAACAGAAGAAUUUUUAAUGGCAGGCAGAGGAAUGUCAAAAUUUCCUGUUAUAAUUUCUAUUACCGUAACUAUGUUAUCAGCUUUUACGAUGCUAAGCCAUCCUGCUGAAAUUUACCGUUUUGGUCUUCAACGUGCAAUGAUGAUUGUUUCAACCAUUGUUGGUACCUACUUGGCUUCUGUUAUAUUCAUCCCUGUGUAUUUCCAAACUAAAGUAUCUACUACAAAUGAGUAUCUUGAGCUUCGAUUUGGAAGAAAAACAAGAUUUCUUGUGUCAGCCUUGUUCAAUAUAAAUAUGAUAGUCUUUAUGUCUGUUGUUUUGUAUGCUCCAGCCUUAGCUCUCAAUGCUGUUACGGAUCUAUCUUUGGAGUUGUCAAUAACUGUGAUUGGUGUUGUGUGCACUCUUUAUUGUACUUUGGGCGGAUUAAAAGCUGUAUUAUGGACAGAUGUUUUUCAAGCAGGGUUGAUGCUGUUGUGCUUCAUUGUAAUAUACAUAAAAGGCAUUGACGAAGCAGGAGGUGUGUCCGAGAUUUAUAAGCGUGCACGCGAUGGUCAAAGACUGGACAUUUUUAAUAUGGACAUAGAUUUGACUACUAGAUACACAUUUCUGAAUGUAUUCAUCAAGGGUGUUGUAUCAGCAUUGUCUUAUUAUGGCACAAGCCAAAUUGAAGUUCAGCGAAUGUUGAGCAUUUCGAAUGUAUCAAAGGCAAAAUCAUCACUUGUUUGGAGCAUAGUGCCUGUUACUAUUCUUCUUUGCUUUUGUUAUUUUCUUGGAUUGAUUUUGUAUAGCAUAUUCUAUUUUUGCGAUCCUAUUCUGAAUAAAAAUCAAACUGGAAUCACAAAGUAUGACCAGGUAGUUCCAUUCUACAUUGUUUCACGAUUAAGUUCUAUUCCUGGAUUAACGGGCAUUUGUAUUGCCGGAAUAUUUAGUGGUUCUCUCAGCACAAUAUCGUCGGCACUCAAUUCCUUAUCAACAGUGACAGUGAUAGAUUUCAUAAAGCCUCUGUCGUAUUCUACAUGGUUGACUGAUUCAAAAGCAGUUCUUAUUGCGAAAGGAAUAUCUGUAUUGUAUGGAGUACUUUGCAUUUUGAUAGCGUUCUCUUUCACUGCGGCAGACAGUCUCAUGCAAAUUACAACUGUACUAAUGAGUGUCACUGAAGGACCAGUACUGGCAGUAUACUUGAUAGCAGUAUUGACUCGAAGAUCAUCUGAAAAAUGUAUCAUAUUUGGUCUAGUUAUUGGCGUAGCAUUUUCCUGUUGGAUAGGUUACGGAUCUGUAUACAGUGGUUAUGUUUUUCCUUCGCUUCCUCUAAGAUCUGAUGGUUGUAAUAACAUUUCCUCUGCAAUAAGUGGAGGUUUUACUAUUGAAGAUGCAGUAAGAAAUGAAAGUAUAUCAUUGAGUGUUAAUGAUAUGAAUAGUGACAUAUUCUUUUUGUACAAAAUAUCAUUUACAUGGUUUUCAACUCUGGGAUGUAUUGUCACACUUGUUUGUAUUAUAUUUGCUACACUAAUCACAGGUUGGAAAACAAAUGUAAUACCAUCUGAUUCAUUGUGUUUAAGUCCUGUCACAAAGCUCUGGAAGAGAAAGUCGAGAUCUGAAAAUGAAGAAGCUCAAGACUUGAAAGAAAUUACUGAAUAAAAUAUUUUUCAGUUUUU